CCUAAGCUUACACUCGUUGUCCGGCCAGUUUGCCCUUUGCAGGCUCUGCCGUCCUCCUCCCAUCAUCACCCUGCACUGCAGGCUCUUCGUUCCAAGGUCACCUCUUUGGACUGGCUGCUGGUGCGUAUCUUCACAGCAACAACUUUUCCGGUCCUUUGUAGAGUAAAGCUGCAAUGCGGCCGUUGGACGACAAGGAGUGCUACAGCUACAGCACCAAUGGAGCGGUCAACGGGUGGCCGCACCGCAAGAAUCCAGCGUCCCGGCCCAAGCCGACGCCGUCCAAGUGGGACGACGCGCAGAAAUGGCUCGUCGGCAUGUCCAACGGCCGCGCCGACGAGAUCCACGGUGGCACGGUCAAGCCCAGGAUCUCCAACGCCGACGACCGGCGCCUCCUCAGCUCGUCCUCGCAGAACGGCCGUGUGUCCUGCAGCAGCGUGGACGGCGCGCUGGAGUACAGCAUGUUGGCCGCGCCACCGACGCCGCCGCAGCUGGGGGAGGGCGACGACGUUGGGGAGACCAAGAAGAUCGACUGCAUGGUGCAGCAGCACGGCUCGCCCGUGCCCGUGUUCCGGUCCGUGUGCCUGCGGGACAUGGGGACGGAGAUGACCCCCAUCGCCAGCAAGGAGCCGUCCAGGACAGCCACGCCGCUUCGUGCCUCCACGCCUGUCGCGCGGAGCCCAAUGUCGUCGAGGUCGUCCACCCCGGCAAGGAGACGCCAGGAUGGGCCCGUGGGCGUGACCGCCGUGGUAGGGACGACCAAGCCGGUGGCGGUAGGCAAGGUGAGUUGUGGCGGCGAGGAGGACGGCGCCGGCGUGGCCGGUACUGCGCCGAACACGAACUCGCUGGAGUCCCGCGCGGCAGCCUGGGAUGAGGCGGAACGGGCCAAGUUCACGGCGAGGUAUAAACGUGAAGAGGUAAAGAUACAGGCCUGGGAGAAUCAUGAAAAGAGAAAAGCUGAGACGGAGAUGAAGAAAAUGCAGAUGAAGGCCGAUCAGAUGAAAGCACAGGCUCAAGAGAAGCUGGCCAAUAGGCUGGCCGCGACGCGACGGAUGGCCGAAGAGAAGCGGGCGAGCGCAGAGGCGAAGCUCAACGAGCGCGCGGCGAGGACGUCAGAGAAGGCGAAUUAUAUCAGGAGGACGGGGCACCUGCCGUCCUUCUUCAACUUCAAGAUGCCCUGCCUGUGCGGCUGAAGCUUGAGCAAAACUAGCAGCAAUUUGACGCCCUGCCUCUCCUCUUCCUCGUCAUAUUGUCUACUGUACGAACGCGUCUACUUUUCUGCACUAAUACAUUGUAAGAAUCAGGCAACGUUACCAUCAAUAUCUGGCUACUCUAGUGAUCAUAGGAAGAUAUAUAGCUCCACUUGACGGAACAUCGCGGACGUCCAUUCGCGAUAUCGGUAACUGUACGCGCGUGCUGUGCUGCAUUUCUUGUGUCGCGUCCGUUACUCCGUUCGAGUGUCAGGCAUUAGGGAGUUCAGGAAAUACAAUAACAAAAGUCACAUUCCAGUUCCA